GUGCCUUAGAAUUAAAGCUUUAUAACCUUGAGAUUGUGAUUGACAAUUGUCUCUCUCUUUGAUAGCUUUACAAACCCAAUCUUCCUUUUGUGUUUCUGAUAUUGUUCAGUCCCAAACUGACAGAUAUGUCUUGUCUUUCCCAUUUAAUAACCUAGUUAGCCCUUUCAACUUUAAAGCCACAAUAAUACAUUUUUCAGACCCUUGAGGUUAUUCUAAUGGCGACUAGGACUGCAUCAUCAUCAUCACCAUCCAAGCCAGCAGGAAGACAACUUGGGGAGCUCCUUCAACAACAACAAGAACCUUUCAUCUUAGAGAUUUACCUUUCAGAAAGAGGGUGUUUGAGAAACAACAAGUCCAUUGGCUGCCAUGGAAAUUCAGGCAAGUUUUUAAGGAUCAACAAGAAGGGUAUUCCCAACUUCCCUAAACUACUUAAAGUUGUAGUAUGUAACAAGUUGUUUGCAAUUAAAGGGUCAAAAGCCAAGAAUUCUUCAGAUACAUUUUCCACCGCUAGCAGCACAACAGUGUAUAAUUCAUGCUCAGAUACUGACAUAGAUGAGCCGCCUAUGUUGAAACUCUACAAUGAAAGGGAAAAGAAGGAUGUUGCAGAUUCAAAGCUUCAGUGCGGUUGCAUGGAAUACAGCCCUCAGUUUUACAUGACGAGGCAGAAAAGCUUGUUCUUGAGUAAGCUGAUAAUAUUUUCAGCUUCAGUCUGGAAUUUACUUGUUCAAAGCAAGCCAGGAUUAAGAGAGUUAGCAGAGCCUGAUGGGUCUAAUUCUUCACCAUUUUCACUAUCGAAAAGGGUUUUGCAGCCAACAAACAAGGUUCCCUUAUUAUGGAGCAGAAGGGAAUUGUUGGAGUUGGAUGGAAUGGAUUCAACCAAGGAAUGGAAUGUUUAUGAAGAACAGAAGGAGAUAGGACUAGUAAUUGGAGACGCCAUAGCAGAGGAGAUCACAACUCAAGUUGUAAUGGACAUGAUAUUAAUAUAUAGCUAACAUAUAAUUUGCUUGUUUCCAUAUGUCGGCUGUUGCUGUCUAGUUCAGAUUGAUGUCCAUGAUGGUAAUGUAUGUAACAAAGAACGUAGAAAUCUUUUUUAAAUUUCCAAAUUGAAGAUAGCAACAACUUUAUCUUCUCUUUGGCUUUAUUGGGAAUUCACAUAAA